GAUAUGGCGGUUAUUGUAUAUCAGGGCUACAUUUGUCGUAAUGAUAAGGAUUGGGAGAAAGCAAAUGAGUUCAUUCCCGAGAGAUUUCUAGAUAAACAGGGAGAGUUCAUAACUACCCGUCCAAAGGCGUACAUCCCGUUCGGUGUGGGACGACGUGUUUGUUUGGGAGAGAAGUUAGCCAUCGCUGACCUCUUCCUAGUUUUGGUCAGAUUUCUGCAGUCGACUCAAGACUACGAUAUAGUCCUCGACAGUCAUAAUGUGUUCAAAACAAAGUCACACUGGGAUGAGGUGUUCAGACAACUGGCCAAACAGUACGGACCAGUAUUCACGUUCUGGUUGGGGAACAGACCGCACGUAAUAGUGUCGGACAUAGGGCUGGCCCGGGAGGCCUUCAAGAAGAAUGACUUCGCCGGAAGGAGUAACACAUACAUCGGACAUUUACUGUCAAAUGAAAAGCAUUCAGACGUUAUAUUUGACGAUUACGGGCACCGGUGGGAGGCGUUGAGACGGGUGGCUCACUCAGCCAUACAGAAAUACUCAACAAAUGAUAGACUGGUGAAUGUGGCCAAUGAUUCAGUGGAUCGUAUGGUGAAGACUAUGAUAGAAACGGAAGGCCCGGGAAAAGCAUUUGACCCCAAGACUUAUAUCUAUUUAGUAUUUCUUAAUAUAUUGGCUACCAGUGCUUUCGGUAUAAGCCGGAAGUCGGGUAUUAUUGUGGGAAUUCUCACCACUUAUUAG